GCUUCAGUCAUCUAUUGAACAAACUACUUGGGAAUAGAACAACAAAUGCCAUUAGGCUAGAUUAAGUUAAGAUAAGACAGCCAGCGCUAGACAGAGUUAGUACUCAAGAAUAAGUUACUUUUCUUGUUCUGUGUAGAUUCUCAGCUUGCAGGUUGCAGUUACAAUACAACAGUUCAGAUUAGACAUGUGCUGUCGAGUCAUGUUGCGUGUUUGUUCAUAUACCAUUGUUGAGAGUGCCCAGUGAGCCAGUGACCCGUUUCCUUCUAUUUGCUAAGAUUCAAUUCAGUGAACAUGUAACAUUACAACAGAUAAGAUCGUUCUGUACUAUAAUAGUCAUAAUAUUAAUUGGUAUAAAAGUAAUUUCUGUUCCCAAAAGAAGAAGGUUUUUUCCGUCGGCAAAUAUUUUUUGUGAGUGAAGUAAAUUUUAGUUUGUGGAGUGCCGACCUACCUAUUAGCCGUUUUUUUUUCGGGACAUUCAAGUGGUACUUAAACCAUUCAGUUUAAAGCGCUUUUAUUAUUUUUUUUUUUUUCGAGAAUUUGAAACUGAUUUGUAAACCGAUAAGAGUAACAACCGAUAAAAAUAUAAAAAAAUUGCCAAAACGUAAAAAACAAAAGGUUAACGGAAUGAACAAAUUAAGCAUGAUCAUAAGUUAAGCUUUAAGGAAAUCCCAUGUGAAUCGUUGCUUAACUGCAUAGUCUUCAGUCAAUAUAAAACAAUUACCUGCAGUGGAUCUAAAGUCAGUCGUUCAGUAUUUUUUUUAAAACGAGGAAACAAAGGUGAUUAAAGCAAAAAAUAAGCUGCUGUUUCAAUAAUGGCGGGAAGAAUACUCAUAAGCUUAGCAAUUUUUGGACUCCUAAUUUUGCAUGUGCACGGUCAAGAACUAAAUACCAACGAAACAGCAGCUGAAGAAUUUUUAACUCAAACAAGUGAUAAAAUGUUUAAAUUUUUUGAUGACUUAACUGAUAAGGAAUAUUUCUUUGACGUUGAUAUACGUCGCAAUCAGUACAAAUUAAAUCGAAAUUAUAUAAAUUUUGUAAACAAAAUCGUUGAGGAUGCUAGAAAAUUUGAUUUUAAUCGUUUUAAAGAUGAAAACACAAAAUAUGCCUUUAAAAUUUUAGUUCAAUUAAAUGAUCAGAAUGUGAUUGGAGCAAAACAAUAUUCAAGGAUAUUAGAAGCUUUGAAAGAACUUGAUUUUCUACCUCAAUAUAAAUACAUUGCUAAAUUUAACGACACCAACACUAAACUAUCAUUUAAUCCUGAUGUUGAAGAAAUUGUCAUAAAAUCUAAAGAUGAAGCAGAAAUCGAACAUUAUUGGGCUGAAUGGAUGAAAAUGCUUGGAGAAUGGGCAGAAAAAAAUCUUGGUCCAACAAUUGAAAGUAUAGAACAAGCUGCUAAUUUAAGUGAGGUAUCUCCCUUGGAAUUUUGGUCAAGAGGAUACAACAUCACUGAUAUGGAAGAAUUGUUAUUAGAAAUAAUGCCUCUUUAUAAAGAACUGCAUGCAUUUCUUCGCAAUCUAAUAGAAAAGAGAUACGGUGCAUCAUUAAUUGACAAAACCAAUGGACGCAUUCCUGAUCAUUUGUUUCAACAAAUUAAAAUUCAACUUAUGACAAACGAUAGUUUAAUUGAAGAAAUGUUUCCUUUAGAGAGUCUUCCACCAACAGUUGAUAUAGGAGAAACCCAACCAAUAAGAGUGUACAAAACUACCGAAGAUUUUUAUGAAAAUUUAGGAUUCGCAAGAUAUCCUGAGAGUAUUUGGCAAGGACAUUUGCAUGUUGAUCAUGAAGAUGAUACUGGUGAUGAGGAAUGCGAAGCGAGAGUGAUUUACAAGACUCCUAAUGUAUUUUUGAAUUUUUGUGAAAACAUGAAUUAUUGGGAUGUUCUUGAGUCUUACAUGAACAUGGGAUACUUACAUUAUGCCAGGGAAAUGACAGGUCUUCCAGCAUAUUUCUUCAGUGCCCCACAAAGAUUGGACUAUGCAAUUGGUAAAACUAUAAUUCUAUCAGCGUCAACUCAUAAUAAUUUGAUGAAAAUCGGAAUGAUUCCUGAUGAUGAUAUAAGUGAAAAGGUUGAAAUGAAUCGACUUUUAAGAAUGGCUAUUCGUCGAUUACUUUAUCUUCCAAUUGAUUUUGUUCAUGCUAAAGUGAUUUCGGAUCUAUUAGAAGGAAAGAUUAUAUUGGAGUAUGUUAGUUCUCAUUAUUGGGAUGUUAUGCACAAAUAUGCAGGCGUAACAAAACCAUGGGGUCUUUAUACUGAAUUUUAUGACAUGACCGUUGAUUUUUAUAAAGAAAUGAAUGAUAACUUAAUGUCAAGUGAAUUUGUAACGGAAAUUUUGAGUUUUCAACUUCAUAAGAAAUUAUGUAAAAUAUCUGGAAAAUAUCCUAAAGAACCUUUGCAUUUAUGUAAUAUUGGUGGAAGUAAAAGUGCUGGUCAUGUUUUGAAAGAAAUGAUGAGACCUGGAAAGUCAAAACCAUUUUAUCAAGUUCUUGCAAUUAUGUUUCCUGAAAAUCCAAAAAUAAGUGCUGAAGGUAUUUCGGAGUAUUAUAAGCCAUUGAUGAAUAUGCUUGCUAUGGAGAACAAGAAAGCAAAGUUAAACAUUGGUUGGCCUGAAUAAGUUUAUAUAAUAUGUAAUUUUAAGAUCAAUUUUUUUUUUAUUUCUUCUAUACACUUUGCUAGCUAAACCAAAAUUUUAUAUAAAUGUGAUUAUUUAAAGGAUUAAAAUAAAAAAAAUUUCUUAAAUGUUAUUGGAUGCAUG